AUGCAGGCCGAAUUCGAAAGGCCAGCACUAUCUUUCCAGCGCGCGGUUGACCUUCACAUCAACGGUUGUUUUACUGAAUUCAUGUUGUCGACUGCCUCUUAUUUAGCCGAGGCAGCCCUUCCAGUCGCAGUACCUCAUUCGAAACGCCCCGAUGUUCUAAACCACAUCUACCUUCCAAAAAUUCAAGACCAUUCCUCCACUUCCUCCAUUCAACCUACCGUGUACUCGGCCACAGACACAUCCGCAGCAAUCGACGAGAUGAUUCCAAAGAGUUUUCAGCCUGAUCAGGCUCUGGAGCCUGCGGACACGGGCUCUGAUGGAACAAUUGGCACGAGGUCCACACCUUAUCAAUAUCAUGACUCUCUUCUGGACGAUGACACCGACGAUUUAGAAGAUUUCUUCACAGGCAGCAAGAAAAGGGCCACCCAAAAGCGCAGUACAAAACCCAGCCUGUCUCAGAACUGCUCUCCAACUGCAUCCGCACGUAUAUCCUCCGCCCCAACACUAGCCAAAGAUAUCCCGGGAACCCCGACUCGCGAGAAUGGCGAGGCAGAUGAAUCAGCCCAUAGCAAUUUCAGCUCACCACCUGCCAGGAAAUCCACCAGAAAGCAGCCGUGUAAUGCCCACAGAAAGCGACGAAACUCGAACAGAAGCAACGCCCAAGAAUCGAUUCCCAAGACUUCGAAGAAAGCGAAAGUCCAGGAGGAAGGGAAACAGGAACAGCAAAUACCCGCAGGCUCCCGUAGUCUGCGAAGGAGAACGAUACAACAAGAGCAUCCGUACAAAUACGACAAAAUCCGGUACGAUCUGGCCAAGUCCUCUGGAAGUGCUGCACCAGUCGACAAAGUUGAAGAUGCGGUCCAAGAGAACGUCGAAUCCACCCAGAAGCAGAAUGCACGUACGAAGGAGAGACGUUCAAUUGGCAGCGGCAAAGGUCGUAAGGCCAAUACUGUGACUCCCAGGAGUGAGAAACAGCGACGCCGUUCUGUCUCGCUGUUGUCAAUCACGAGCUCUGCGGCCUCGCCGAAUUUUGAGAGAACCACGUUGCAGAUCUGGUUGGAUGGGUUCAGCCGCGGAGCUGCCCCGGUCCCGCUCAGCAAAGUUGUUGGCGCCGACCAUCUUGUUGAACUCAUCAUUCAGAAUUGGGGGUGGAAGUUUGAGGGCCAGAGUUUCUCAUAUGCGAUCGCAUCGUUCCCUUGGCUGAGCCAUGAUUCAAACAUUGUCAUAAGAAGUGGUAUGACGGAUAGUUUCCAGAAGAUGUUGGAUGAAGUCAAGGCGGCACCUGUUUGGGCACAAGGCGGAGGCGAGGUGAGAUGUGAGGUGAAGAUCACGGUGUACGUACAAGCAUGA